UGGCACUGGCACUGGCGCUGGCACUGGCACUGGCACUGGGACCUUGCCGCUGACCCAUGUAUCACCCACGUCCCAGGGGACAACCAGGAACCCGGAGCUGUGCUUGGCCACCAUUGCGGGAACGCCGUACUCAAUACUCGCUCGGACAGGUGCCUGACAAGCGUGCACCGAGGUCUCUGGUACGUUUGUCCCCAAGCCAGCUCAGAGAAGAAGAUGGAUGGGGGGGCGUUCUGGUCGUCUUCACCUUCGUCGUUCAACGUUGGUUUGGACUCUCCACAACUAGCGGCAGCCAAGUCACCCUCGCCGCCCUUGCCUCCAAGUGGGAACAAUGGCAAACGAUUGUACUGUGGUCUACACGCCUUCUACCCAUCUUUCUCCUCGUUGCCGGCGCGGGUCGAAACAUAAACAGCUCCCCUCGUUGCCUCUCUUGCCAAUCAUCCAGCCGAUUCCCGAUUUCCGCCCUCUAUCAAUGCGCAAUCGAUGGGGAGAGUGAAAUCAGGACUCGCGCAGAUGUUCCCUCCAACAGCAGCCGAUUCCGAAUCAUUUUGGCAACCGAUCAGAGUGAUGAAUGCAUCGGCUAGGUCAGCACCGACCCCCCUUCCAAUUGCUCAGCCACCCGUCAUUGGGGAAGCUGCUGGCAGCCCCCACCAAGAACGUGUGUGCCGCAGAGCAAAGAAAGAGAGAAAGAGGAUGAGUGCACCCCACCCGACGCCUCCAGAUCUCCACAAUCGUCACCUCAUCUUCAUCUUGCUUUUGCCAGGGAAAGGCCCGUCAAAGCUGUACACCACUACCUCGACUCAAAGUGUGUUUGCCGCCCAUCCACGGAUAGAGCUCGUCGCCUAGAACGAGCUCUUCCUUCAGCCGAUUCCUUUCGGCUAGAGUGUGGAAUUUCUCCUUUCUUUUUCUCCUUGCUCUGACGUGUACAUUAUGACAAGAAGGAGCUCGUGACACUCCCGUCUUCUUGGUCCACGUGAGUGGUAGUCGGGAGAACGGGCCCAAGGAAGAGGACGGUAACGAGGGGGAGGCGGACGAAGUACACACUCUCCCGCGUGCGUACCAAAGCGUAGCUCAACCUAACCAAGGCUUAAAUAGCUGAAAGGUCGG